CGCGACCACAACGUAACUCCAAGAUCGGAAUAGGAAUUGGAGAUCGGAAUCGGAAUUCGUGGAGUAUAUAGCCAACCACUUACCAGGUAGCUUUGGCAACAAUCGUCACGUGAUCGUGUCGCGAUCGUUCAUUCUGCUCGUCAUUCAUCUGUCGUCUCGUCUUGUGCAAUUAUUGCCUGUCGAAUGUCGAAGAAUAUGUCUCGCAUCUGGAUUUGUGUACCGAGCUCUUAACGUUUGUCUGCAGAAGUCGAACUCAAAGUCUACGGAUCCGCGAGUGCCUGUCGAUCAACUUGACCUUUCAGCUCUCAGAUCAGGAAAUUGCUCAAAUUCCUGCAUUAAAAUGUCUUCCCCAUAUGUGAUCUUGCUGAUCGCAUUACUAUAUCUUUGCCUGAGUCCGGCUAUAAUUGCCCAAGACUUUGAGUUAGCGGAACGCAACCACAAGAAACGCCAAAUCUAUCGGGAGCAAGUAUUGCCACAUGCGGGUGGUAAGAUACCAGACACCGCCUUCGAAACGGAUCGAUUGUUUUUGAAUCGCCUGCAAAAGGAGGGAAUCGCAGUGCCAGAUGGCAUAGUGCCGGAGCAGCGCAACCCGCAGGUGUAUCAGUACUACAACAAACCCAUGCGCACCGUCUUCCACAUCGCUUUAAGUUCGGAUGGGAGGUAUACGCCGCGGGAGGGACGGUACCACUACCGCCAGGUGCCCACGGUGGAGACCACAUACCUGUAUCCCCAGGCUGUGGGUCGCCAGCACGUGCUGGUGCCUCCGAAGCACGCUCUUCCCGUCUACCGACAGCUCCAGUUGCACAAUCCACUCCUCAACCAGGUCAAGUUUCAGCCCAAGAAAAUGCCCAAUUUUCUGGAACUGGCGCCCACGGUGGGCAAGAGCCAUGCAAACCCAUUGGCCGGAUCGGCCAAGGCGCAGUCUUAUCAGAAUGUGAAUCUCCUGCAUGGUCACAGUCCGGCGCUGCCGGCUUUCAAGAAAACCGCCCGGGGCAGCAAGACCUAUGUGGACAGCUAUGGCACAACCCAUUCAAACCCAACUCGGACGGUCGUCGCUCCAACUCCAAAGGCAAUUCCAAGCUACCAACUCCAAAGUAGGCGGAAAAGUAUAUCCAGCAUAAUGAUGCCGAAGCUGGGCUGUUUCUCUUUCUGGUUGAUGCUCGUGAUCGGAGCUGCUGUGGCCAUCGAAGUUCAGAAAUUCGGAUAUCUAUUCAAUCCGCCACAAGCGGAACACCCGCAGCAUCACGAGGAGAAGCAAGAUCUGAACAAGAUACCUGGAGUUCCGGGCGUGGAUUAUCCGGUUUACCAUGAGGUACCGCACACCCACUUCAGUUGCCACAAUGUUCCGGCCACUCCGGGCAUGUACGCCAAUGUGGAGACGGGCUGCCAGGCCUAUCACGUGUGCCACGAUGGACGCGAAGGCGAACAGGGAGCCAAGUUCCUGUGCACCAAUGGCACCAUCUUCAAUCAGAAGGAAUUCGCCUGCGACUGGUGGUACAAUGUGAAGUGCGAGGAGGCCACCAAUUUCUACCAUUUAAAUGCCGAUCCCGAGCACAAUCCUUACUUCCCCAAGAAGAAGCCUGAGCUGGAACCCUAUGCAAAUGACAUCCAUGAUAGCAAAUUCCUGAUACAAGCUUAAAUCUAUUUUCAUUCGUUAUUUUGUUGCUGUUGUUCCCCAUUUUGUAAAUAAAACGCGAAUUUAGCUUUCCAUAAUUAGAGUACAUUAUAAAAGAUCCGGUCCAAAGUUUAAAAAAGGCGUA